AUGUCAGUCUCUCGUGAUGCUGAUCUUCUCAAUGCGGCACUUUCAGCCGUAAUGGGGACGCAUCAUUUUGUAUCAGAAAGUGUAUUUAAAGAAAGACUAGCCAAAACGAAAGGUGUCUAUCAGCAAGUCGAUUUGCAUUCACUGCAUCAAUCUAAUCUUGUUGGCGGUGAUGUCAACUCUGCUGCUGAACAAAACACUAACAAUGACCAAACAUCCAAGCAAGAGACCACCAACCAAAGUGAGCCACAAUCCAACCAAGGGUGGGAAAUUGUCAUAAAAAAUCUUACUGGGAAAAGCAUCACGCUCAGAUGCGAGGAGACUGACACCGUAAGUUCUGUGAAGCAGCAAAUUACGGAUAAGGAAGGCCAUCCGCCGGACCAACAAAGGCUUAUUUUUGCCGGUCAAACACUGGAGGAUGAUAAAACGCUCGCCGAUUACGACAUUCAGAACGAGAGCAUAAUACAUUUGAUUCUACGUCUUCGUGGUGGCGGAUGUAUAAUCAGUUAUCUGCCGUCGAGUGCCUUGGACUCGAAAUACGAUUACGAUUUUACACAUAUUAGGGAUGUUGGAGUGACGUAUAUGAGAGGAAACGUUCAGUAUCGAAGACCAUGUGGAUGGAAACGCUUUGCUUUAAAGGUCACUGGCAAAUACGACAAUGGUAAUAAUGCUUGGCUUGGCAUCGAUAAAACGGCUUGGCCGGUAUCUUACCAUGGAACUGCUAAAUAUAAUACGAAAUCGAUUUCUGAAGAAGGAUACCAGUUGACUAAAGGAAAACGUUUCGCUUUCGGGCGUGGCGUUUACUCAACACCCGAUGUGAACUUGGCCGAGCGUUAUGCGACGGAAUUCCAGUUCGAUGACAAGAAAUAUGUGAUAGUGAUUCAGAAUCGAGUAAAUCCAAAAAAUUUAGUAAAGAUUACGACGACGGCAGAAGCCGGAGUUGGUGAGUAUUGGAUUGCCAAGGGUGGUGAAGAUGUCAGGCCAUAUGGAAUUUGUAUAAAAGAAAAGAAGUCUUAA